CCGCUGUCGGGCGUGGCCCGUGAGGCUCUGGAGGCCCCCCCUGGUCCUGCGGGCGCCGUGCUCAUGAACAAAGUUCGCAACUAUCUCAGCAAAACGGGCAUCGAGGAAGAAUUUCACAACCUGGUGAGGAAGCUCUUGAGUCGGGAUGAGCUGCCGUAUAACCCUUACCCAGGGAUUGCUCUCAGGCUCAGGCCGUUUAUGGAGAAAUUCUACAUGGACGCUGACACUGACGACAAGAUUGAGUAUUCCCUGAGCGUGCCCCUGAGAGAGACGAAGAUCCUGGGUCUGUUCACGGCCCAAGAGGGCGGCCCUGUGUGGGGCCUACGCAGCAUUCUCCGUGUCUCCGACACCACCAUGAUCAACCGGUACCGCUGGCUCUCCGACAACAUCACGCCGAACUUUAACGACCUGUACCAGAGGGAUGGAUAUUCC